CUAAUGCUAGGCUAACGGUGGCUACCACGGCUUCGAUGGCUGCUGUUGUUGCGUUCUCAUAAUCUGAAAAACAGAAAUAACGUUAGUUUCUUUAAGGGAAGACUCCGUUAUACCAGUUUCACUGUUAGCUGGGUUGCUAAAAGUAAAGCUGAACCGACGCAGUGAAGCAGAGAGUCUGUCGCGGCGCUGAUCACCAUCCAGCCACAAAAGCACACUUGGCUCUCUCUGCAUCAAACAGGAUGUCUAAAAGUGAACCAGAAGAGAUGAUAGAGAUUGAGAUCGAUGAACGGGAGAAACAGGAAUGCCUGGAGGAAGGUGUUGAGGAGCAGACCAUCACAGCGUCAGAUUUGAUUCAACAAGAUAUCGACAUCAAUGAGCCCAUUGGCAAUUUGAAGAAGCUUUUGGAGCCCCGUAUCCAAAUAUCUCUGGAUGCAUAUGACAUCUGCUUGCAGGACAUUCAGCUUCACCCUGAUCACAGCCUCUUCGAUCAGGGAGUAAAGACAGAUGGCACAGUGCAGCUCAGCCUGCAGAUUAUAACCAAACCAGGUGAGGAGAAGUUGAACAUUUUGGAAAUUGUGAAGCCAGUAGAAACAGUAGAGGUGGUGAUUGAUCCGGAUGCAGCAGGAGAGGAGGGAGCGCUGGUGGAGGACGGUCAACUCAUUGCUGUGGAACGAUCUGGCUUGUCCGACGAGACGUCAGAGCAGGUUACACGGUGGGCCGCAGCACUUGAAGGCUACCGCAAGGAGCAGGUUCGCCUGGGCAUACAAUAUGAUCCUGUGCUGUGGACUGCUGACCAGGUGAUCCACUGGGCUGUGUGGGUAAUGAAGGAGUUUAACAUCGAUGAGAUGGAAAUAGGCAGCAUUCACAUCCCAGGUCGAGAACUCUGUGCAUUCAGCCAGGAAGAGUUUCUUCAGAAAGUGCCCAAUGGAGAGAUACUCUGGAGUCACCUGGAGCUCCUACGCAAAUAUGUUCUAGCAAGCCAGGACCAGUCUGGAGGGGACGCUACUGUCACCAUCGAUCAACCUGUGCAAAUAAUCCCGGCUCAAGUGAGCACACCCACUGCCAUAAAGGUAUUGAAGCAGAGUCGAGGUCCCAGAACUCCCCGUAUUUCAGGAGGAGAGGAGCGCAGCUCGCCUGGAAACCGCACAGGCAACAAUGGUCAGAUACAGUUGUGGCAGUUCCUGCUGGAGCUGCUGACAGACAAGGAUGCAAGAGACUGCAUCUCCUGGGUGGGCGAAGAGGGCGAAUUCAAACUCAACCAGCCAGAGCUUGUAGCACAGAAAUGGGGCCAGCGCAAGAACAAGCCCACUAUGAACUAUGAGAAACUUAGCAGAGCCCUCAGGUAUUAUUAUGACGGGGACAUGAUCAGCAAGGUGCAGGGCAAGCGCUUUGUCUACAAGUUUGUGUGCGACCUGAGAACUCUGAUUGGCUACAGCGCUGCUGAGCUCAACAACCUGGUGACCGAGUGUGAACAGAAGAAGCUGGCUCGCAUGCAGAUGCACGGCAUUGGUCAGCCCAUCACUACAGUGACCCUGGCCACCACGACACUAGACAAAGACAGUUGAAGGAUCCCGCAUUACAGCGCUUUCCAGCUGUCACGGGCAGACUCCACUCUCCACCCCUGAUUGGAAAUCAAAUCAACUUUCUUCUUUUUUUUGACACAGCUGUGUUCAUCAAGCACAGAAAUGCAAGGCUGAUCCCUGAUCAGUGUGGAUAAACAACUUUGUUAUUGUCUUUACUGAUUGAUUCAAGUUAGACAGAGGCAGGAUAAAACUUUUUUUUUUUAGCUUUUCUUCAAUGCUAACGGAGAGGAGAAGCAUGUUCGGGAUGAGAGGGCGAGUGUCUGUGAUUACUGAGAAAAGCUGUUGUCGUGUGCAUGUGGCUGAAUGCUUGAAUGUGUGACUGAAAACCCAGUUAUGAGCUUUGUUGUAUUGUGUUCCUUGUCUGUAGUUUAGGAUAAUUUCCACUGUAUAUACCGGUACUUCAUGUUUUUGAUAGACACAAGGACAAGUGUAUUUUCAUAUUUUCCAUUUUUAGAGGACCUGUUUUGUAUUUUAUUUAGUGUUUGUUCCCUAAAUUGUUGGACCUUUUUUGUCCACUAGGGGGAAUAAAAUGGCAAGCAUUUU